UGCUGGUUUUGUAUUCAAAGGAAAAGUAGCCUUUCGUUCCCGUAGAUCUGACGUUUGACUCGCAGCUUCACUCACUCAUCCAUCGGCGAUUAGAUAUGGCGCUGGCGUCAAUCGGCGCGACAGUCUCGCUCCUAAUAAUCUAUCAAUCUCUUCCAAUCUAUACACACGCGGCUGGUGAAAACAUCGUCCUCCAAUCUCCUCCCAUGGUGUUCCCUCUCUUUCUCUCUCAACCCAAUUCCACCUCUUCUUCGAGAUCCGUCUCUGUUCACCAUCGAAAGCUCCACAAAUCACUCCCUCACUCUCGCAUGCGACUCUACGACGACCUUCUCCUCAACGGGUAUUACACGACGCGGCUAUGGAUCGGUACGCCUCCGCAGAUGUUUGCUCUGAUUGUUGAUUCCGGGAGCACUGUUACCUACGUCCCUUGCUCCGACUGUGAACAGUGUGGCAAACACCAGGAUCCAAAGUUUCAGCCGGAGAUGUCCUCCACCUACCAACCUGUCAAGUGCAACAUGGACUGUAACUGUGACGACGACAAAGAGCAAUGUGUGUACGAGCGUGAGUACGCUGAGCACAGCAGCAGCAAAGGUGUCCUCGGUGAAGACCUUAUCUCGUUCGGCAAUGAAAGCCAGCUUACACCUCAGCGAGCUGUCUUUGGCUGUGAGACUCUCGAGACAGGUGAUCUCUACAGUCAACGCGCUGAUGGCAUUAUCGGGUUAGGACAAGGGGAUCUCAGUCUUGUGGAUCAGCUGGUGGAUAAAGGCUUGAUAAGCAACUCUUUUGCUUUGUGUUAUGGAGGGAUGGAUCUCGGUGGAGGUUCCAUGGUUCUUGGAGGCUUUGCUUACCCUUCUGAUAUGACAUUCACGGACUCGGACCCUGAUCGUAGUCCAUAUUACAAUAUAGAUUUGACGGGGAUACGUGUCGCUGGGAAGCAGUUGUCGCUUAGCUCUGGAGUCUUUGAUGGAGAGCAUGGCGCCGUUUUGGACAGUGGGACAACGUAUGCUUAUCUCCCUGACGCAGCCUUUGCAGCAUUUGAGGAAGCUGUGAUGAGGGAAGUUUCUCCAUUGAAGCAGAUUGAUGGCCCUGAUCCAAAUUUUAAAGAUACUUGUUUCCAUGUUGCUCCAAGUAACGAUGCCUCUGGACUUUCGAAGAUAUUCCCAUCAGUCGAGAUGGUGUUUAAGAGUGGACAGUCAUGGCUUUUGUCUCCUGAAAACUACUUGUUCCGUCAUUCGAAGGUGCAUGGCGCGUACUGUCUCGGUGUCUUCCCAAAUGGGAAAGAUCAUACGACUCUUUUAGGAGGAAUUGUGGUUCGCAACACGCUUGUUGUGUAUGAUCGUGAGAAUUCUAAGGUUGGAUUCUGGAGAACUAAUUGUUCAGAGUUAUCGGAUAGGCUUCCUAUCGAUGGUGCACUACCGCCACCACCACCUGCAAAAUUGCCUUUAAAUGAAUCAAAUCCAUCUCUCAAUACAUCAAGCAAUCUUCCAGGGGAGAAGACACAAAUUGGUCAAAUAAACCUUGAUAUACAACUAACAGUCAAUUCAUCAUAUCUGAAACCUCGCCUUGAAGAGCUCUCCAAGGUAUUCUCCAAGGAGCUCGAUAUCAAACCUACACAGGUCUAUUUAUCAAAUCUCACCUCCAAUGGAAACAACUCUCUAAUCAGAGUAGUUGUUAUUCCUACCGAAUCUUCUAGUUUAUUCUCCAAUGUCACAGCAACGAGCAUAGUUUCUCGGUUUAGCAAUCAUCAGAUCAAGCUUCCUGACAUCUUCGGAGACUACCAGCUCCUUACUUACAAACUCGAGCCUCCAAGAAAAGGGACAAGGUGGCAGGUGAAAAACAUCAUUGUCGUGAUCGCAAUUGUGAUGGUGUCUGUAGUUGUUAGUUUAUUAGCUUAUGGAGUUUGGCUGAUGUGGAAACGCAAGCAAACAUCAAAUCUGUAUAAACCUGUCGAUGACGCCAUAGUCGCUGAACAAGAACUGCAACCUUUAUAAAUAGCCUCCUAGUACUUUACUUUUAUCUUACAAACUGUUCGGUCUUUAUUCACACAACAGCAUACCAACUGUCUUGAUGAUGUUUAUUGCUUAGUAAAUAAUGCCAACUUUUUGUUUUUAAUUACGAGUGUUUUAUAUCCUUUUCGUUGGUAUUUUGGUUUCUAUGUUUUUUUCUGUCUCAUUUGUCAGUUAUUUGUAAAAGAUUGUAUGGAAACUGCAUUCUAUCGA